GUGUGUGUGUGUGUGAGAGAGAGAGAGAGAGAGAGGGAGGGAGGGAGGAGAAGCUUAGGGCAUCAAUGGCUAUGAAGUUGGCCUCGGUGGUUGUGGUGCUUUGCACCACCAUUGUAGCUGUUUGUGGAGGUGAUGAGGGAAUGAAAGCCUCUUUUGUGUUCGGAGACUCUCUUGUGGAUGCCGGCAACAACAACUAUCUGCCGUCGCUGUCGAAGGCCGACAUUCGACCAAACGGCAUAGAUUUCUCGGCCUCCGGCGGACAGCCCACCGGCAGGUACACCAACGGCAGGACCAUUGCAGACAUCAUCGGAGAAUUACUUGGUCAAGAAAACUACGCACAGCCAUUUUUGGCCCCCAACACAACAGGAAGAGUCAUACUGAACGGAGUGAACUAUGCUUCUGGAGGAGGAGGGAUUCUGAAUGGAACAGGAAAAAUCUUUGUUAACAGGCUUGGAAUGGACGUCCAACUCGACUACUUCAACAUCACCCGGCAACAGUUGGACGGAUUACUGGGGAAGGCUGAAGCAAAAGAGUUCUUGAUGAAGAAAUCCAUCUUCUCGAUCACCAUAGGAUCCAACGACUUCCUAAACAACUACCUUCUACCCGUCGUCUCCGCCGGAGAAAGAGUCACCGAGACACCGGACUCUUUCAUCGACAGCCUCAUCAUCAGCUUCCGCAGCCAACUCACGAGACUCUACUCCCUCGACGCACGAAAGGUGGUGGUCGCCAACGUCGGGCCUAUAGGAUGCAUUCCUUACCAGAAGACGAUCAACAAAGUCAAGGAGGCGGAGUGCGUUAGCUUACCAAACCAGCUUGCGGUGCAGUACAAUUCGCAGCUGAGGGACAUGCUUACAGAACUCAAUGACAACCUCCCCGGCGCCAAGUUCGUCCUCGCCAAUGUAUAUGACUUGGUGACGGAGUUGCUCACAAACCAUCGAUCCCACGGCUUCAGAACAACAAGCUACGCUUGUUGUGGCGACGGAGGGCAGUAUCAGGGGAUCAUUCCUUGUGGGCCGACCUCCACCAUGUGUGAUGAUCGAUCGGAGUAUGUGUUUUGGGAUCCGUAUCAUCCGAGCGAGGCUGCCAAUCUUUUCUUUGCUAAGUAUAUUGUCGAUGGGGAUACGAGGUAUGUAUCUCCCAUUAAUCUCAGACAACUUUUGGGGCUGUGACAUUCUUGUAAUGUGAGGAAAACGAUCAAAUGUUAAAGUACGGAUCACUCGAAAUAGAUUUGCUCUAUCAAA